CUUUGUUCUAAGAGUUUCAGCAUCCCCUGUUUCGAACUCUGUUUCUGGUUCAGCAUCUCUGAACCAACUUCAACGCUUCCCCGCUGUGUCAACCAAAGAAUAAAUAUAUAUGUGCGUCUAUAUAUAUAUAUAACUCGAUCAAAGACGAAGAAGAAGAGAAGAGAGAGCGUAGAGUAGAGGGUUCGGCGUCCCAGAAAUUUCUUGACGAGGCCACAAAUAUGAAUCCAUCACAGGAGAAGAAUCCCAGGAAACACAAGAAAGAAACUAAGCAAGACGAGGAGAAAUCAAGGGAUCAACAUGUUAGAGCUACAAAAGAAUCAUCUAGCAAGCUAUCAGGUGAUGACAUAGAGAUUGCAAAAAAUAUGGACCCUCUUUGGAAAACCAAAUCAGGAAGCAGCAAGCUAUCUAAUUGGGAAUCAACCAAAUGCUGGGCAGAAAAUGAUCAGGAAUAUCAUAUGGAGCUUUUGUUUCGGAUGAGACAGUUACGAGUUGAGAUAGCAAAAUUAUCUCAAGUGAUUGACCGACUAUGUCAAGAGAUCGACCGCCUAUCUCAAGAGAAUGACGAACCAGAAGCUUUGGUAACACAAUUACAAGUUGAGAUAGCAAAAUUAUCUCAAGUGAUUGACCAACUAUGUCAAGAAAGCGACCAACUAUCUCAAGAGAUCGACCAACUAUCUCAAGACAAUGAGGAACCAGAAACUUUGUUGGAGGCAGAUGAGAAGAUGAUGCAACAGCUAGCUAAGUGAAAGCAUGUCUAGAAAUGGGCUUGGGGCAAGCAAAGCAACUUGGAGUUUACGCAAUAUGGAUAGCCUUGAUGUGAUCGAUUUUGAAACAUUAAUUGACUUAUAGACAGAAUGUAAUAUGAAGAAACAUCAUGACUAUAUGAUACCUAGUGUUAGUGUUGUGAGUUGGUACAAAAACAUCACAUUAUUGUUUAAGUCACUUCAAUUCAUAUCAUCUUCAUGCA